CCCUAGCUACCCAUGCAGAUAUGAAUCUCCUCUCGCGCGCAACAGAGCUACUCCAUUUCCCUGUCAUGGAUGUUGCCAUGCUGAGCAUGCCUUCACCGUCCCUCUGGCUGUACGCCUCGUAUAGACACAUCAUGCUCGUUCACUGGCCCGCGAUUCUCUACAACGAUUACAAUGACGAAGUUCGGCGCCACGUCGACGAUGAAAACGAAGCGGCUCUUGGGAAGGACUGGGCUGUCUUCGUAACGCGCUGUCGGGGCCGAUGGAGAGUGUUCCUCGGCUGUUCCACCGUAUAUAACGCGAUCACAAUCGGUCUUCUGUCUGCGUUCCCCGGGAUCGUCGAUAUGAGCGUGAUAUGCGGCAUCGUCUGCGUGUUCGCAAGCAUGGUGUGCUCGGCUGCAGCCGUGCUAUUG